GACUCACUUCACAGUUUCCUCCUGAGGACUAGUUGUAGCCCACAAAAGAACGAUGUCAGCACCUGAGGCCGCCCCCGAGCCGGCUCCCGCCGAGGCCCCGCCCGCGGAUACCCCUGCACCAGCUGAGGCUCCGGCCGAGGCUGCCGCUGAGGCCGCCCCUGAGGCCGCCCCAGCAGAGCCAGCUCCUGCAGCCGAGGGAGAAGCACCAGCCGCUCCCGCAGAGGACGCUCCUGCAGCUGAGGCAGGGCCGCCAGCUCCUGCUGAACCUGCUGUUGUUGAGGAGCCUCCUAAGGCCCCCACACCCCCACCUCCUCCAGUUCCCACCAGUGCUCCCCUGGAUGUGUCUGUGGAGGAUGUGAACGACAGCAGUUUGACCAUAAACUGGGUGGCCCCGGAGACCAUCGGGGACUCAGGUCUGGAUGGAUACACUGUGGAGUACUGCAAAGAUGGGACGACAGACUGGGUGGUGGCUAACGAGGAACUGACCUCUACCACCCGCUACUGCAUAAAAAAUCUGACAGCGGGUGACCUCCUGCAUGUGCGAGUGGUGGCUGUAAACGCAGGGGGCCGCAGUGAACCUGGAGCCCUUGCUGCCCCUGUGCCCAUCCGUGAAGUUGGUGAACGCCCCAAGAUUCGCAUGCCUCGCAGUCUCCGAGCUCGCUAUGUCAGACAAGUUGGAGCACAGAUCAACCUGGUCAUCCCCUUCCUUGGAAAACCAAACCCUGUUGUUACAUGGCUGAAAGAUGGGCAGCCUCUGGACACUAAAAGAGUGAAUAUCAGAAACAGUAACAAAGACAGCAUCAUGUUCAUCCGCUCUGCUCAGAGGGAGGACUCAGGAGUGUAUGAAAUGACCGUUAAAGUGGACAGCUUUGAAGACAAGGCUGCACUCACACUACAGAUUGUGGAGCUGCCUGGACCUCCAGCCAGUGUCAAGUUGGUGGACACCUGGGGCUUCAACGCAGCUCUGGAAUGGACUCCUCCCAAGGACAAUGGCAACACUGAAAUCACUGGAUACACUGUGCAGAAAGCAGACCAGAAGACAGGGGAGUGGUUCACAGUGUUGGAGCAUUACCACAGACUCACGGCCACUGUGUCAGAUCUCAUCAUGGGAAAUGCUUACAUAUUCAGGGUCUUCUCCGAGAACAAAGUGGGCAAGAGUGAGAACUGCGUCACCACAAAGGAUGCAGCCCAUAUCCAAAAGACAGGUAUUGUGUACAAACCACCGGAGUACCCUGAGCAUGACUUCAGUGAGGCCCCUAAGUUCACCACGCCUUUGAACGACCGUGCCGCCACCGUGGGAUACACCACCAAACUGCUGUGCUCAGUCCGCGGAUCUCCCAGGCCCAAAAUUGAGUGGCUGAAAAAUCAGAUGAUCAUUGGAGACGACCCAAAAUUCAGAAUCCUGUCCAACCAGGGUAUCUGCUCUCUAGAGAUUCGAAAGCCCUGCAGCUUUGAUGGCGGUGUGUACACCUGCAGAGCAAAGAACGAGCAGGGAGUGGCUACUGUGUCCUGCAAACUAGAGGUCAAACAGGUCAUACUCCCAGAUGCUGAGAAAGGCAAAUAAGCUGAAACAUGACAUUUUCAAGGACCAUUAGAAGUCCAAGUCUUAUUUAUAAGUGUAACCGAGAAUGAAUGACAGGAGCUGGGUCUGUAUGUGUGUACAUUAGACAUAGGACGGACAGAGAAGAGCAUCUUUACAUCAGUUUUCACAACAGGA